CUGAAUGGCUGCCUGUAGAGAGGGAGAGGACCGAACGCUUCUGCACUACUCCAUUGAAACACUUUCCAACGGAAUAUAGCGAGGGGGGUGAGUUUUACCAGGGUUCACCGGGGUCAGAAAGGAUACGGGAACUCGUCGAGGUGUUUGCGGCGGCUAGCGGCUCUUCUUCGGGGAGGAAUUGAGAGCGGUUCCGUACCCGGUGGUGCUGGGCUAGAGCGUUAUGGCUCAGACGCUACAGAUGGCGAUCCCUAACUUUGGCAACAACGUAUUGGAGUGUCUCAAUGAGCAGCGUCUCCAGGGGCUCUACUGCGACGUCUCCGUGGUUGUCAAGGGACACGCCUUCAAGGCGCACCGGGCAGUCCUGGCGGCCAGUAGCUCCUACUUCCGGGACCUGUUCAACGCUGGGGGGAAGAGCAGUGUGGUGGAGCUCCCCCCGGCCGUCCAGCCCCAGAGCUUCCAGCAGAUCCUGGCCUUCUGCUACACAGGUCGCCUCAGCAUGAACGUAGGGGACCAGUUCCUCCUCAUGUACACCGCAGGCUUCCUGCAGAUCCAGCAGAUCAUGGAGAAGGGCACCGAGUUCUUCCUUAAGGUCUCCUCCCCUAGCUGUGACUCCCAGGGUCUUCAUGCAGAAGAGACUCCGCCCUCCGAGCCCCAGAGCCCUGUCACUCAAACCACAGGGGGGGGGGCUGGGGUGGUUUCCACGGCAGCAUGUAGGCCCGCCUCCUGCCUGACACCCCUCCCCCUGGUGUCGAGGGUGAAGACUGAGCAGAGCGGGACUACGCCACAACCCACACCACAGCAGCAGGAGGCCACUUCCUACUCGGUGGUGUGCAGCCCUGUCGCCAAGCGCCUGUGGGAGGGGGGCAACCGCGGUGACGGGGGAGGGGGGUCGGGAGGAGGAGGGGGGUCCAGGAAAGCCGCCCGCUACUCUUCCUCCUCCGCCUCCUCAAACAACUGCAACUCCCAAGAUGCAACGGGCAGAAACGUUGUUAACCACAGUAACCAUAACAACAACAGUAACCAUAACAGCAGCAGCGUGGGGACGCCGGACGGAACGAGUCCGGGGACGCUGAGCAUGUACACCAGCGACUCGCCCCUUAGUUACCACGAUGACGAGGAGGAAGAGGAAGUGACCGACGACAGCGCUGAAGAGCAGUACAGGCAGAUCUGUAACAUGUACACAAUGUACAGUAUGCUCAAUGUGGGCGCCACAGGUGAGAGAGAGAGUUGUCCCUACCGGAGCACCUCACGGCCUGAGACCCGGGGCGGCAGGGGGGUGAGGCUACGCCAGGAUCUGGCUUCGCUACCUGCCGAACUCAUCACCCAGAUAGGUAACCGCUGCCACCCACGGCUGUACGAGGAGGGGGACCCUGCAGAGAGGCUGGAGCUGGUGACGGGUACCUCCGUGUUCAUCUCCCGCGCCCAACUCAUGAACUGUCACGUCAGCGCCGGCACGCGGCACAAGGUCCUACUGAGGAGGCUGCUGGCCUCUUUCUUCGACAGGAGUACUCUAGCGAACAGCUGUGGGACGGGGAUCCGCUCUUCUACAAACGACCCCAGCCGCAAGCCCCUGGACAGCAGAGUACUGCACGCCGUCAAGUUUUACUGCCAGAACUUUGCGCCGAGCUUCAAGGAGAGCGAGAUGAACGCCAUCGCGGCUGACAUGUGCACUAAUGCCCGCCGGGUCGUCAGGAAGUCCUGGAUCCCGAAGCUCAAGCUCCUCAUGGCCGAGGGUGACGCCUACUCCGCUUUCCUCCAAUCAGACGCCAUCAAGAUGGAGGCCGACGCCCUGGGGGCAGAGCAUGGGUUCGACCCCAACUCCCUGGCAGAAGAGGCGGCGGCAGCAGCCAAUAGCGAUGCGGGACCUUCUUCUGGGGAGGGGUUACAAGGCGUUGUGGGCGGAGACGGCAGCACUUUGUUUUAAAGUGAGUGGGCUUAUUGUGAUCUUAUUGGUCGAUGGUCUUUGAUCAUUGCUCUCGGCGAUACUUCCUCCCCCAGUUUUAGUUUGUUUUUUAAUGUCACUUUUCCAUAUCUUAAUCUCUUCCCUCCAAUACUUGGAAUUUCAUUUAUUAUAUCCAUCUCUUACAUCCCUUGUUCUCUCUCUCUCGCCGUCCCAGACCCAUGUACAUAGUGUCUGACCCCUUUUGGGCGGGAGAGAGAUGGAGGGAUAGAGGUGUAGAAAGAAAGACUGGGGAGGUUUGUCAUGUAAGGGGGGGUUAACCUAGAAAUAUUCCCUGAUCCCCAUUGUAGAAUCUUUUCUUGUUUUAAUGUUUGUUUUCUGGUUGGCGAAGGUCCUUUUCUCCUUUCCAUAUCGCUGAAACACAUUCCCUAGGAGGGGGGGCCUUUUGGGUUGGAUGGGGGUCGGGGUUGAAUGGGAGGGGGGUCUCCUCUUGACGGUCUAAUAACACUGUUUUGAUAAUGAAUGUAUCGGUCGUGAAGCGUUGUCAAGUCACCUGUAUGUAUUGUCUGUGGACAGUAGAUUGUAAAGGAUUGAUUUGAUUAGAUUGUAUUCAUCAGUUUAUAUAGAGACUCUGGAAGUCCAACUGAAGGCUAUUUUAUGGGGAGGGGGUUGAUAUUUGUGGGGGGGUACGUAAAGGCUUAAUGGUUGAAGUAGAUGUAUGUAUUCUGUAUAUUGGCAGGACUUUUGGACCCCCCCCCCCUAACCCUCUUUC